GAAGAAGAAUUUAAAUGGCUUUUACAAGAAGAGGUCCAUGCUGCUUUGAAACAGCUGCAGGAUAUUUUGAAGGAGGCCUCUCACCGGUUCACCCUGCCUGUGAGUGGCUCGGGAGGAGCCGUCAAGCAGGAGAACUUCGUGCUGAGCACAUUGGGCACAGACCAGGUGAAAGGUGUGUUGACGCUGCAGGGAGAUGCCCUGUGUCAAGCUGACAUUAAUCUGAAAAUGCCCAGAAAUAAUCAGCUCCUGCACUUUGCAUUUCGGGAAGACAAGCAGUGGAAAUUGCAGCAGAUUCAGGAUGCUAGAAACCAUGUUAACCAAGCCAUUUACCUGCUUACGAACAGAGAUGUAAACUACCAGUUCAAAACAGGCUCGGAGGUUCUCAAGCUUAUGGAUGCUGUGAUGUUACAGCUGUCAAGAGCCCGAAAUAGGCUUACCACUCCAGCCACUCUGACUCUACCAGAGAUUGCCUCCAGUGGUCUCACAAAAAUGUUCACCCCUGCUCUGCCUCCAGACAUCCUUGUGAAUUUCUAUAUUAACCUGAAUAAGCUGUGCCUGACUGUCUACCAACUCCAUGUGCUGCAGCUCAGCACAACCAAGAACUUCAAGCCUGCUGGAGGGUCCAUUUUACACAACCCUGGAGCCAUGUUUGAGUUUGGCAACCAGCGGUAUGAAGUCAGCCAUGUCCAUAAAGUGGAAUGUGUUGUACCAUGGUUAAACGAUGCCCUUGUCUUCUUCACAGUUUCACUGCAGCUUUGCCAGCAACUGAAGGACAAGAUCUCUGUUUUCUCCAGUUACUGGAACUACAGGCCAUAUUAAUUCUCUGUGGAGUGUCCAAGUCCUUAGAGUACUUCCACUGUCUUCCUGUUUGUUUUCAACAUGCCAGCUGAGUCCAGGUCAGCAUGAGGAGUGCUGUGGUUCACUGCCACGUGGCCCUCCAUAGGGUAGGGUCAGUGUAUCCAGACACAACUUUAGUAGCCUUGUCUGGGACUGCUGCAUAAGCGGGGCACCAAGCAAUGCUGUGUGGUUGGUGAGAGCUUCCAUCUGUCUUUGUUCUCAUGUGGGUUGUGUGG